GUGUCCACUCUGCCCUCCUCCAACCUGAGCAGCCCCCUAAGGAGAUGGCAGCAGUCUUGAUUCUCCUGACAUUUCUUUUGCCUCUUGGAGCUGGUGCAGAGGAGAUCAUCGGGGGCCAUGAGGUCAAGCCCCACUCCCGCCCCUACAUGGCAUUUAUUUCAUUUGUGAAAGAUGAAGGGACAAGUGGUCUCUGCGGAGGCUUCCUGGUGAAAGAGAACUUCGUGCUGACAGCUGCUCACUGCAGGGGAAGCUCAAUGAGAGUCAUUCUAGGAGCCCACAACAUCAGCAUCCGGGAGGACACCCAGCAGAUUAUCCCUGUGCCAGAUGCCAUCCCACACCCAGACUACAAUCCUAAGGCUGGCUCCAGUGACAUCAUGCUCUUCAAGCUGGAGAGGAAGGCAAAGAGGACUAGAGCUGUGAGACCCCUCAGGCUGCCCAAAAGUAAUUUCCAUGUGAAGCCAGGGAAAGUGUGCUAUGUGGCUGGUUGGGGAAUGUUGGAUAUAAUGGGUAAAUUCCCAGAUACAUUGCAUGCAGUGGAGCUGAGAGUCCAGAGGGAUCAGGAGUGUGAGUCCCGUUUUCCUCAUCGUUACAACAAAGCCACUGCGAUCUGUGUGGGGGACCCAAAGAUCAAGUGAGCUUCCUUUACGGGGGAUUCUGGAGGACCUCUCGUGUGUAAAAACAGAGCUGCAGGCAUUGUCUCCUUUGGGCCUAAAAAUGGUUCAGCUCCAUGUGUCUUCACCAGAGUGUCAAGUUUCUUAUCCUGGAUAGAGGAAAUGAUGAAACGCACCUAACUACAGAGCAAACCAGAUCCCUACCUGACUCAUCAUCUUCCCUAAGGCAGAGUCCAGGAUUGUCUUAGGACAGAUGUCGGCAUCUCAAUAAAGGUCUCUUUGCAGAA